GAACUGGCAGCACACAGAGAUUUCAUCCAGAUCCAAAACUGAAGCUGAAAACCCGGGGUAGGCCAUGAGUCACUUGUCAUUUGUCCCUGCCGCUGUUUUGCUGUCACCGCCGUAACUUUCUCUUGCAUCGGAAUUGGAGUCGCGUUCCGAGUUCUGCUUAUAAAGUACAGAUAUACCAUUGACUGUGGGCAGUCAGUUGGGUAGGGCCUACGUACCCAUACUGCUACUCCAGUUCGCAAACCGUUCAUUCGCAAACAGCGAGUCAGUCUCAAGUGCCGGCAGGUGUUGAACAAAGACAGCAUGUCCCAGUCGAUCGUCUCCCAGUCCCGCAUCUCCAUGGACUAUGAUCCGGGGCGCAACGGUGACGGCAGCAGGACCCAGGCUCAGGAUGAAGAGAAGCACGAAGAUAAACAGGCCCUGCCGCAAGACGUCUACGGGGAUGAGCAGAAUGCAGAGAUCAAGUACAAGGUGCUGAGCUGGUGGCAAGCUGGAUUCCUAAUGGUCGCCGAAACCGUCUCAAUCGGGAUCCUCUCUCUACCCAGCGUUGUUGCUGCUUUAGGUCUUGUCCCGGCUGUGAUCCUCCUCGCCGCCAUCGGACUCAUGUCCACCUACACGGGCUACACCAUGGGCCAGUUCCGGUGGCGCUACCCGCACGUGCAGAGCAUGGCCGAUGCUGGUGAAGUGUUGGCCGGUUCGUUCGGCCGUGAAUUCCUCGGCAUGGGCCAGCUACUGCUGAUCGUCUUCAUCAUGGCCUCUCACCUGCUGACGUUUACCGUGGCAAUGAAUACGAUUACGGACCAUGGAACCUGCACCGUUGUCUUUGGCGUUGUGGGACUGGUGAUCUCGUAUGUGCUGUGCUUGCCGAGGACGAGUGCAAAGGUCUCGUAUCUGUCUGUUGGGUCGUUCUUGAGCGUCCUCUCUGCCGUCCUGAUCGUCAUGAUCGCAGUCGGUAUCCAGAAGCCCUGGAAGGGUGAGCUCGACGCCGUUGUCGACACGAAUCUUUACCAUGCGUUCCUGGGAGUGUGCAAUAUCGUCUUCUCCUUCUCCGGCCACGUCGCUUUCUUCAGCUUCAUUUCCGAGCUCAAAGAUCCGCGCGAAUUCCCCAAAUCUCUCUUUCUCCUACAAGGCACAGAUACGAUCUUGUAUAUAGUCAGCGCGGUCGUAAUCUACGUCUACGCCGGGCCGGACGUGACUUCUCCGGCGCUGGGAUCCGCCAGUACGGUUGUCGGAAAGGUCGCGUACGGGGUUGCGCUGCCGACGAUCAUCAUCGGCGGCGUUGUCAACGGCCACGUUGCAAGCAAGUACGUCUACGUCCGUGUUUUCCGGGGGACCGAUCGGAUCCACAAGAAGGAUAUCAUUGCUGUGGGAUCCUGGGUGGGCAUCACCCUUGGCUUGUGGGUUGUCGCCUGGGUGAUUGCGUCUGCGAUUCCGGUGUUUAAUAACCUCCUGAGUUUGAUUGCAUCCCUCUUCGCCAGCUGGUUUACCUACGGCUUCAACGGCAUGUUCUGGCUGUACCUGAAUAAAUCGCGGCUGUUUGCGAGCCCGAUGAAGUCCUUCCUCACGGUUGUGAACUUCGGUAUGAUUGCGGUUGCUGCCACGAUUUGCGGCCUCGGCCUGUAUGUAUCUGGACGCGCACUGCAUGAGGACUCGAGCAGUGCGAGUUUCUCCUGCGCGAGUAACGCCAGUUGA